CAUUGUUGGAAAGUGACUGAUGGUUUCAGCCCCUGUGGAAGAACUAAAAAUAUGAAGUGGUAGAAAUUCAUAUACACUUGAAGUAAUGGCGGCUUCCGCAGCAGAUGCGUCAUCUUUUUUAAAAGAGGACAAAUAUGUCAUGGGCAUGUCAUUUUCAAGCCAUUUAUGUUGAAGUACGACAGUCUUAAAUAUAUCUACGACAAACUAUCAACGGUGGUUAUGAAAAUUUUGAGGUUCUGUUCCGGCCAUCUUGAAGACGACACAUGCAGUACUAUAAACACAAACUGAAGUCCCAGAAGCAGACAUUAUAUUUGGGGGAAAAAAAAAAGUAGUGCAAGCUCGUCUAAGUGGCGUAAAAGAGUCUCGCCAGUUAUUUCAGUCGCGCCGGACUAUUUUGGGAAUCUGACAUUCGAGCUCACGUCUUGCCGGCGACCCCCCGCAAAGCUGCGGCAGCCUCGCCGUGCGUCCGCCGCUUGUUCGCAGUCUUCCUCCCGCACGAUGGACAACCUUUAACGAGAAGCCCCCGCCAGACGGAUCGAACGCGCGAGGAAGCGGAGAGCCGUCGCGUCGAUCGCUCCAUCAUGACCAAAGAGGACGAGAUCCCCGACUGGGUGGGUGCCCAGGAGUUCUACGAAAAGUACGAGCCCAAGGAGAUCCUGGGACGGGGCGUAAGCAGCGUGGUGCGUCGCUGCGUGGACAAACAGACGUCUCAGGAGUUCGCCGUGAAGAUCAUCGACAUCACCCCCUCGGACAAGACGACCCCGCGGGAGAUCGAGGAGAUCAGGGACUCCACCAUGAAAGAGAUCGACAUUCUCAAGAAAGUCUUCGGGCGGGAAAAUAUCAUCCAGCUAAAAGACUGCUACGAAUCCAACGUAUUCUUCUUCCUGGUUUUUGACUUGAUGAGAAAGGGGGAACUUUUUGACUACCUCACGGAGAAAGUUACGCUGAGCGAGAAGGAAACCAGGAACAUCAUGCGCGCUCUGCUGGACGUGGUCCGUUUUCUCCAUGACCAAAACAUCGUCCAUCGAGAUCUCAAGCCUGAAAACAUCCUUCUGGAUGACCAGAUGAACAUCAAACUCACGGACUUCGGCUUUGCCGUGCAAAUCCAGUCGGGACAGAAGCUUAAAGAAGUGUGCGGGACGCCCGUUUAUCUGGCCCCCGAGAUCAUCCAGUGCUCCAUGGACUCCGGCCACGAAGGAUACGGGACGGCUGUGGACAUAUGGAGCGCGGGCGUAAUCAUGUACACGCUCCUGGCCGGCUCUCCGCCCUUCUGGCACAGGAAACAGACGCUAAUGCUUCGCACGAUCUUAGCCGGAGAUUACAGCUUCUCGUCCCCCGAGUGGGACGACCGCUCCGACACGGUCAAAGAUUUGAUCGCGCGGAUGCUCGUAGUGGACCCGGAGCAGCGCUACACGGCCGCGGACGUGCUCAACCACCCGUUCUUCUCCCAGUACGUGGUGGACGAAGUCCGACAACUGAGUCCGUACAGAAAAUUCAAGGUCAUUUGUCUCACGGUACUCGCCAGCAUGCGCAUCUACUGCAGCUACCGGCGAGUCAAGCCCGUCACCAAGGAGGUGAUCAAGAGCGACCCGUACGCGCUCAAGCCCAUCCGCAAGCUCAUCGACGCGUGCGCCUUCAAGAUCUACGGCCACUGGGUCAAGAAGGGCCAGGCGCAGAACCGAGCGGCGCUUUUCGAGAACACCCCCAAGGCCAUCCUGCUGUCCAUCGCCGCAGAGGCAGAUGAGCCCGUGCAGCACAUCUGGUAACCAAACACAUCACAUCAAAAUUUAUGUCCAUACAUUUUUUGGUAACUCGCAUAUAAUGGCAAACAAAAAUGUAUCGACUCUUUUUCAUGGUCACCUCACGUGUAAUUGACAUUAAAAAUGCGAAGUACCCUUUUUGUUUGUUUACACAUCUCUCGAUGAACUCGUUGGCCAUUUUGUACAGCGCCCUCUGCUGGAGCCCGUGAGAAACUGCACUAAAUCGAUUACUAGUUUAUUUCGAAACAACAUGCAUGCGGUUUAUUCAAAUAUGUAAAUAUGUAACCAAGUACAUGACACCUUCUGGGGAGAGGAAGAAUUAUUGUUCACUAUGAAUUUAAUACUGAACCAGCAGAUGUCCUCGGCUCAUCAACUGGUAUUACGCGGAUUUCACGGCACAAGCCGGUAUGUAAAGGUCCGAAUGUAGUCGCUCGCAAACGAAAAAGCAGUUAAAAGAUUUAAUAUUAAACUGGACUUUCCGCUCUGUUGUCAUGCUUCAUUUAAACGGAGCAAACGCUAAAGCUCGCUCACAGGUUUUGGGUUCUGUUCCAAGUCAAAGAAUGGAAACAUUGGCUAGCUAGCGCAUCCUAACCGAGCCUUGUUGCAAAAACCGUUGACGCCGGCACGGAUGAGGCCAAAACAGCUUCCAAGACAAACAAACUCAU